GGCAUAUUCUGGACUGUCGAGAUUAAAGCGCACUCGAGGCUGUACCCAGGCUCGAGGUAGAACAGUGCCUGAUCGAAAUCAAUAUCACCGCUGGUUUAUGCAGGCGCUUUGGAUGUGUCACGCAGGGCGCGUCCAGCCGUCUAGCCCGAGUCGCGCUUCCAGCCCCUAGCGCGAUGUUCCGUGAGGCCGCGGGCUCGUCAAGCCGCGCGCCCGCCCAGGAACGCGUGAAGCAGUGUAUGCCUGCCUGCGGGCUGCAUCCUGAUAAAAGUCUCCGAGCGCCAUUACGGCUUCUGAGCCCCCUUCCGCCUUGCUGUUUGGUCUAUGCUACAUUUUGUAGUUUCUCUCUUGAUCUGGUCGGCUCUCCAUGGAAGCACCCACGCUGCGGUGACUGUCUAUGGCAUUGGGGGCGUGCAGAACCCUACAGGGUCACAGUCUGGUAGCCCUCCAGUCUCGACGUUGGGGAGCACAGAAUGGACAAGCGUUCUCGGUGCAUGGAAUAACAUUCAGCUGCAGGCGCCCCCCCUGCCCGUUCCGUUGCCCCCCACAGCAUUUACUGUGUCCCUCGCCAAUCAAGCAGAAUACGUCACGAACUUGUCGAUACCGCAGAGGGGAGACUUCUAUGGGUUCUCAAUUGAGAUGUCGGUUGUGGAGCAAGUCAUUGGGAAGAACUCCUCUUUCAUUCAGGUCCCAUUCCUCAACCUGCUCGCGACGGUGGCGGACCGGGCAGGUAGCGUUCGCGUCCGCGUCGGGGGUAACUCUCAAGAGACUGCAACUCUUGUAGGCGGUCUGCCGAACAACUCCAUGAUCGAGAAGGCGGCAAGCGCGGUGGUCAGCAACUCUCGUACCGUAAGUGAUCUCGUUCUCCGAGUAUCCAAAUGUGAAUUUCUUUCCACUUCUCAGGCGCAAAUCCCCGCUCUGAUCUUCACCGACGAAUUGCUGUACCUUCUCAAUAACGUGUCACACCUGGUCAGCGCGAAGUGGUACCUCGGUAUUCCCAUGAACGACACUUCGCACCUCCGACUACAAAUCGCGGAGCAGGCGGAUGCCAUUCUGGGCGACAAUGUCCUCGGAUACCAGGUUGGAAACGAGCCGGACUUAUACGCAACUCACGGAAGCCGGCCUCCAACAUACGGCGUUCAAGACUACUUCAACGAGUUCGGCACAGUAAUAGAUGGCCUAAAAAGCGAUCAGAAGAUCACCAAGGCUUCCACAAAGUUGGUCGCGCCUAGCUUCCAGGGCAAGUGGAAGGCCGAGGAUCUUUGGGCUACGGGUUAUCUUAACGCCUAUGCACCCGCCAUUGAGACGAUCUCAUUCGAACACUACGCCGAUAAUAACUGCGCCGCCGAGUUCCCUGACGGAGGCUUUGGCGCCAUCAAGAACCCGCAGGACGUUUUCCCCGAGUAUCUCACCCACGCCAACGGUCAGAAGAUGGUCGCGCCAUAUCUGAACAGUGCAGCGCUCGCACAGCAGUUCAACAAGGAGUUCAUGAUGUUCGAGACCAACUCGGCGUCAUGUGGCGGCUUCCCUGGCGUCAGCGAUAGCUUCGGUUCGGCGCUCUGGGCUGUGGACUAUGGUCUUCAGCUGGCAUACAGCAACUUCACGGGCGCGAUGCUCCAUAUCGGCGGUUCCAACGUCACCUAUAACCCCUUCACCCCGCCUCCGACCAACAUCUCCCUCUUCCAGCAGUUCACUGUCGGACCGACCAUGUACUCGACCCUCUUCAUGGCCGAGGCACUGGGCAAGACCAACACCUCCCGCGUAGUCGACCUCACUACGAAUGAGUUCACCCCCGUCUACGGCAUCUACGAGCACGAUACGCUCGCGCGGGUUGCAUUGGUCAACUUCAUGACCGAGCAGAACGGCGUUGGUUCCUACCAGGCGACGAUCUCAAUCGGUGGCGGGCUUACCGGCGAGCCAAAUGCUACCCCCGCGUCCGUGAAAGUCAAAUAUCUCACCGCGCCCUCUGUGGCGGAGAAGCAGCAAGUCUUCUGGGCUAACCAGACAUUCGGCCCCCGCUUCCAAGUCGACGGUCGUCUCAUCGGUCAAGAAAUCAUCAAGGAGAUCCCGUGUGACCAGACCGCCAAUACCUGCACGAUCCCUGUGCCCGCACCUGGCGCCGCGCUCGUAUUCCUCUCGUCGGACGCGCAGAACAACGCCGAUUCGGUCGUGACGCAGACGUACUCGACAACGUCGGUGACUAACCGCCUGGCUACCGCUACGCUAUUCCCGAGCGCGAUCGUGCAAAGCAAUGGGCACAGGGGGGCAGACUUCCCGCUGUCGGGGACGAGCCAGGGGGGCGAGACGACGGCGAAGAACUUGCCGCCGGCCUCGCUUCAGCAGACAGUGUUCAUCAUCUGGGCGCGCGCUAUGAUGGUCUUCGGCUGAGGUGAGACUUCAGAAUUUCUUCUAGUAAUGCUAUGGUCUUCAUAGUAGCGUAGGGUUGUUCGUUCAUAUUCGUAUUCACACCGCGAAGGACUUCGGUAUCAUAUUGUAUUGUUUCAUCUUGACUUGCUUUCGCUUGGUAAUCUUCAUGGACUUUUGGGACAUUGCUACCUGUAUUCACAUGUUUUAGACUUGAUACUUUACGACGAAUAUUCAUGACGCUCCUUAUGUCUCGUGACCACUUC